UAUACAUGUUGAAAAUUCAAACAUGGUUGAUACGGUUUCUUUGACUUUUCUUCCUUUCCUUCUAUAUCUUCUUAUAAUGUUUUUUCAAUGAUCAAAGCCGGCACAAUCACAAACCUCAAACCUUAAAACAAAAACAAAAACAUGUCUGUAUACGAGGAAAGACCAUUGGUGAUGGAAAUGGAAACCAAACAAGAUUUUGAAGAUGUCAGCGGGUAUGGAUGCGGGUGCGGAUUCUUCCGAGUUUUCACCUCGGAGUGGUGGCGACGCCACGACGAAGAAGACAAACAUCUACUAGAUGAAAGGAGUGAAGGAAUAAGAGGAGAAGAUACAUGGAUGAUGGAGAAGUUGAAGAAGAUGAAGGAAACAUCAGAAGUGAUGGCUGGUCCAAAGUGGAAAACAUUCAUUAGAAAAAUAAGUGGAUAUGGAAGAAAGCAACAAAGGAAUAGGUUUCAAUAUGAUGAACAUAGUUAUGCUCUUAAUUUCAAUAGUGGAGCACAAAGUGAAGAUGAAGAAUAUUUGCCUCCAAGUUUUUCAACAAGGUUUUCCAAUCCUUUUCCAGCACCACGUCGCCAAAAUGAAACAUAAUAUUUUAUGUAUUUAAUGUUCUUGUACUUAACAAAGAUAUGUUAAUUUGAUUCA